UUAUUAACCACAUUAACAAAACCUUAAUCACAAGAAGUCUGAGACGCGAGAUCUACUUUUACACGCGCGGAACGUCGAUAUGACGCAAGCUUCUCACGCCACUAGCUACUUGCAAAACCCAAUAGCCCAACACGAUCCCGCCAUGAGUCGUUAAUUAAAGUCCCAAUGAUUAAUAACAAACACAAAGAACAGAGGAAAAAGAUAAGUGCACGAUAUUAGGCUUUCCAGUUCGAUCUCGCGCACGAUCACGCAUUGUUAUUAUAUACUCUUCUAAUUUCCCCUUUCUCUCUCCCUUUGGAUUUUGAAUUGUAGGAGAGAGAGGGAGAGAUUGCCAUAGACUAUGGCGAUCUUCGGAGCGAAACGGUAUUGGUUGCUGUCGUUGCUAGUCCUAUUAAUUUCUACAGCGAUUUCUGUAUCGGCGAGAUCUGACAAGGAAAUGAGGGAGCGGUUUUACGGGAAUUUGUUAAAUUCAUCCGCACCUGAUAAUGGAGAUGGCAGUAUAGCGCAAAUGUUCGAUCGAGUUCUCCAGAAAGAAUUCUCUGAAAAUGAUCAGCCUGAAGGUUCUGAUGGAAGCAGUUUCAACAGUAGUGUGGCUGAUGAACAGGCUGUAUUGGAGACUGUAGUUAAAAUCAACAAGGCCAAGAAAAAUGAUACGCAAGUUGCUAAUGGAACAAAAUCAUUUGGGUUUCAAGAUGUUUUUAAAUUGGAAAAUGAAGAUUCUGAGGACAUGACAACCCUUAUCGACAAAAAGGAUAACGUAUUUGUCAUGUCAAACAAGAAGUCCAAGUAUCCAGUACUUCAAGUAGAUUUGAGAUUAAUUUCAGAUCUGGUAGUUGCCAUAGUUUCUGCUGCUAUUGGUGGGAUUAUAUUCUCAUGCUUGGGACAACCGAUCAUCGUGGGCUAUAUUCUUGCUGGUUCGAUUAUUGGACCAGGGGGGUUGAAAUUUAUUAGUGAGAUGGUACAGGUUGAAACUGUUGCUCAAUUUGGUGUCGUGUUUCUUCUUUUUGCUUUAGGACUGGAGUUUUCUUUGACAAAGUUAAAAGCUGUGGGGCCUGUUGCUGUAGUAGGAGGGCUACUUCAAAUUGUUAUAUUUAUGUUCUUGUGUGGCGUAACUGCUGUGUUGUGUGGAGCUAAGUUGUCUGAGGGUGUUUUUGUUGGUUUCUUCCUGUCAAUGUCAUCAACAGCAGUGGUUGUAAAAUUUUUAGUUGAACGGAAUAGUAGUAAUUCUCUUCAUGGUCAAGUCACAAUCGGCACACUUAUAUUUCAGGAUUGUGCUGUUGGUUUGUUGUUUGCUUUGCUCCCAGUCUUGGGUGGCAGUAGUGGCAUGCUACAAGGAAUGGUUUCAAUGGGGAAGCUGUUGUUGGUGUUGUCCAUAUUCCUCAUUGUUGCAUCUAUUUUGUCUUGGUCAUUUGUUCCUCGCUUUCUUAAGUUAAUGAUACAGCUAUCAUCUCAAACAAAUGAGCUUUAUCAGCUUGCUGUUGUUGCCUUCUGUUUAUUAUCUGCUUGGUGCAGUGACAAGCUUGGCCUUAGUCUUGAGUUGGGUUCAUUUGUAGCUGGAGUUAUGAUAUCUACCACCGACUUUGCACAACACACUUUAGAUCAGGUGGAACCAAUCCGCAACCUGUUCGCAGCUCUCUUCCUUUCUGGUAUUGGAAUGCUCAUACAUGUACAUUUUCUGUGGAAUCAUGUGGAUAUAUUGCUAGCAUCUGUGAUUCUGGUUAUAGUUGUCAAGACAGCUGUUGCUGCUGUGGUUACGAAAGCUUUUGGAUAUAGCAUUAGGACAUCGUUCCACGUUGGAGUGUUGCUUGCACAAAUUGGAGAGUUUGCUUUUGUUCUUCUAAGCCGUGCCUCAAAUCUUCAUCUGGUUGAGGGAAAGAUGUAUCUUCUUCUUCUUGGAACAACAGCUCUUAGUCUGGUAACCACUCCUCUUUUGUUCAAAUUGAUACCAAAUGUCAUGAAUUUGGGUGUUCUAAUGCAAUGGUUUCCACCAGAAAGCAGCACACAGAAUGAGGAAAGAGAGAGAGUUUCCACGAUCGAAGCACAUAACAGAUUAUUGUGACCCUGAACUGAAGACUUCAGUAAUUUGUAAAUAUAAUGGAUUUCUCCUCACUGCCAAUUCCAUGUUGGAAUUUCAGCAAAGACGUCAGAGUUUCAGUUUCAUGAAGAAUUCAGCUCCAAUUUCUCAUGCACAUGCAUGAAGUUUUCCUAUUCUUUGGGGAUAGUGUGUAAAUAUAAUUUUUAUGUUUGUGCCCAUCACUUGUCAUCGGUGAUCGCUUGGCAUAGUUUACCUGUAAUACUAUAUUGCUGUACACAAUUCUUUUAGGUAUCAUGAUUUUGUAACAGGAAAAACGAAAGUUGUAGAAGAUAACGAGUCAAUGAUUUUAGUUUAGAAGUCGGUUCAAGAAUCAAGACUCUGACAGAUGUUAGAAGAAGUCGGUUUUAAUUUAGAAGGCAUUGGAUCAAGAAAUUAAAAUUCGAUUUGGUUCGUUUUCUACUUAAAAUGUGUUCGAGACUGUAUUUUACAGUGAAGAAAAAAGGUAUAUGUUUUUCUUUUUCA